AUGUUAAGAGCUUGGAUGAAAGGUAAUAAAACAAAGAAAUGGUCAAUUGGACUACAAUUUGUUCAAUUUCAAAAAAAUAGUUCUCAUCAUCGUGUGAUUGGUAGGUCAUCGUAUAAGGCUUUAUUUGGGAAUGAUCCAAAAGUUGGAUUAGCAACAUCCAGUUUACUAAUAGAAAUUUUACAAAUAUUGGUAACGGAAGAAGACUUAGAAGAAAUCUACAAAGAAGAUAUUCAAAGUGAGAUCGAAAAAUUAACUGUUCAAUGUAAUGUUUGCGGAACAGAAUGUCAUAUGGAAACGGACUCCGCCGAAGCAAUUUUAUGUAAUUUAUGUGAGAAGAAUAUGAAAAUUAAGGAAGCACGUCAUUUAGGAGCUAUAGAAAUAGAAAAGCAAGCCGAAAAAAUGUUACAAGAUAGUAAGAUCAAAAUACCAACAUUUAAAGUUGGAGACUGUAUUGUAAUCCCGGUUCCGAAAGUAGAUAGAGGUUCUACAGACCCAGCUAACAUUAUUUCCGUAGUGAUCGAUCAGAAAAAUGACCUUAACCGUAUAGGAACUGAACAUGGUGUACUAAAAGGUUGGUAUGGUUCUGGAAAUAUACAAUCAGCCACAUCAAACUUCAUUGACAUCGAGCAAGUGAAUAAGACAAAAGAAAUGUCAUUAAGAGAAAUUGUCUCUUCUUUAACUGGAGGUCAAGGUUUUUUUAGUUGUUAUUGUAAAGGCAAAUGUUAA